AUGGAAAAGAGCACAAGAGCAUGGGUGGCGAGUCUCCUUGGCGGGAGCGUAGUUGCUUUUGCUUGUGGCAUUCAUCGCAGUCAUGGCUGGUGGAGAUGUUACUCCGUUGCUUGUCGGCUCAAGGGAAGGCGUCCAAGAAUCGUGGAAGCCCCAGUCGAUCUCCGCACCAUGACCACCCGGUUCAAGAAGAGCCGCAAGAUGCAUGCCCACCGCAAGAGGGGGCAUGGGCGGAUUGGCAAACACCGCAAGCAUCCGGGUGGCUGUGGAAACUCGGGUGGCCAGCACCACCAUCGCAUUAACUUCGACAAGUACCACCCGGGCUAUUUCGGAAAGGUCGGAAUGCGCAACUUCCACCUCAUCAAGCAUGGCAAGGUCAUUCCCACCAUCAACGUAGAGCGCCUCUGGUCACUGGUGUCAGAGCAGACACGAUUGUUCUACAAGGACAAGACAGACAAAGCUCCCGUCAUCGACGUCAUGAAGGCUGGCUACAUGAAGGUGUUGGGAAAGGGCCAGCUUCCCGAGCAGCCGGUAAUCGUGAAGGCACGCUACUUCACCAAAGAGGCAGAGGAGAAGAUCAAAGCUGCAGGUGGUGUCUGCGUGCUGUGCGCUUGA